AUGGCGGAGCCGCCUUCGCAAUCAGAUCCCUACAAUACCUUCCUCCACGCCUACCAACAAGGCUCGAUCCCCGAAACGUUCGCCCACCUCCUCCACGAACCUAGCGCCGUCAUCACCGAGCUGAUUCAAAGCCGUCACGACCCCUCUCAUCCCUCCCAUUUCGUCUGGGAACAAGCCGAGCAACUUCCCCGUUUCCGAGAAUACCGUCUCCAGAAGCUAGCAGACGAAGUAGGAAUUCCGGUAACCACUACAGGCCCUGACACAGCGAUCAUCGCAGAUCCACCGGUGACUGGCAAUGGCAAUGUCACGCAUGACACGAAGGCAACGGAGAAAGCGUGCGAGCUGCUGAAUGAAGAUGAGAAUGCUAAGGCGGUCUACGAGCCCAGUCAACAUGGCAUUCUAGUUUGGUGGAAGGCAGAGGUUUGCUGGCCGGAAGAUGAGCUAGCUCCAAGACUACGCAUACCUACCAUCAUGGCUACCAUGUCCGAUCCGAACGAUGCCAUGACAGCGUUCGCGUUUCUCGACCGAAGCGAGAAACCAGAAGAGUGGGCCAAAGGCUGCAAGGGCCAUUCGGAAGAAGAGCUCCAGGCUUUCACGGAGCUGAUGCAGAACCGCCUCAACCGCACUCAUCAGGCGUAUAAUUUCUGGAAAACACAUCGAACCACCAACGCUCUUCCGAGCUGCGGAGCUCCAAUGCCAGGCAAACGAGAUCGGAAUACCCGUUACUGA